AUGAAAGGGAGGAGUUUAUCGAAGUCACUAGUCUACUACUGGGGAAACUUUUCCAGAUUAUGUUUUGUCCUAGGACUCUUCAUUGUAUUGUUUGGCAUUAUCUGGAAGCAAAAGAAAGAGAAAUGCAAAUGUUGCAAAAUGGAAGAUCCUGAAUUCAUGGAUACAGAUAGAAAGAAGACAAUCAACCUAGAGGAUAUUAUAUGGAAGAUGCCAGAGAAUCCACAUUUCAGUGUAGUGAAAAAUGCCCUGGGACCUUUACCAAUUCCAUAUAAAUAUCUCUUGGGAUCUCCUCCCUCUAAAAAGAGAUUCUUGAUGAUUGGAAUCUCUUCUGUCUACAAAGAAAAGGAGCAGCACUUAUUGAAGACCAUUGAGUCCAUUUUCAGCCACUGCUCCCCAGAAGAAUUACGGCUGUUUACCCUAGUUAUAUAUCUAGCCAAUAAUGACUCUCAGAUGAAUGACCGAAUUGCCAAAGAAAUCGAGGCUCAGUUUAGUACACAUGUCAGUGUGGGAAGACUGCUUGUUAUACAAAGCUCGCUAUCCAGUUAUCCCCCUUUAAGCAAGCUGAGAGUAAAUUCCUGGGACAACGAGGAAAACGUUGGGGCUCAAGCCAAACAGAAUGUGGACUAUGCCUAUUUAGUUAACUUCUGUGCCAGUCUCUCUCAGUAUUACCUGAUGCUAGAAGAUGAUAUUGUCUGCGCCACCAAUUUUGUAUCUAUUAUACACAGUUAUGUAAAGUACAAGAAGGGCCCUUGGACCACAACAGCAUUCUCGAGGCAGGGGUACAUAGGGAAACUCUACCGUAGGUCUGAUCUCACUAAACUGGCUCGGUUCCUCUUGAUGUUCUAUAAUGAGAUGCCUGCGGACUGGCUUCUAGAAUUUUUCCAUAAAGCCAAUGCUCAAGAAGAUGCCAUAAUCUUCCGGCCUUCUCUUUUUCAGCACGUAGGUAGAAUUUCUUCAUUUCACAGUAUGAAAACUGAACUCAAGGAUACAGAGUUUGAAGAAGAUCCUGCAGAUUUUGGAGACUCUCCUCCUGCUUCGUGUUUCACAAACAUACCCAUAUUUUUAAAUUACGUACCAGACAACGUGUGUCCUCCUUGGAAGGGUGUCUUCUGGGGCAAGAAUGUAACCUCAGAGAGCUUCUUCACCAUUGUCUUUACACAGCCAGUUGUUCCUCAGAAGAUUCAGAUUUGCACAGGUUCAGCAGAAUACAACAGAGACAUUCUCCAUCAUGGUUAUGUAGAAAAAGGCAGGCACAAAAUCCAUUCACAUGAGGGUGAAACGUGCCUGACUUUCGAAAGACUUGGCGAUUUUAAAGACGGACUUUUUGAAAUGGAAGACACAAGUAAUGAAGAUGACAUUGACUGCCUUCGAAUACAAGCCACAGCUUCACAAAAGCACUGGCUGAGAAUAAGGAGAAUUAAUAUUUGGGCGAAGAAGAAUUAA